AUGUCCAAUUCAUCUUGUGAGGAAACGGGACAUGUCAGUGGUCCCAACUUCAUCCAGCUUUAUCCCUCCAUCGUCUUCUUCUGUGUGCUGCUGUUGGUUGUGGGGAUCCCAGGGAACGGCCUAAUCCUCUACAUCUACACCAAGAAGAUCAACAUCCCUAUCAUCAGCUUCUUCAUCAAGGUCCUCGCUAUCCUCAACCUUGUCUGCACGUCGUGUCUGCUACCGGCGCUUGUGCUAUUCAAGAGUAACAUAAAAGAGGAACUUUUCUGCAAAUGGUUUGCCGUUGGGCAGCAUGUCUUUCUUAUCAACACUGGCGUGAUUUACGUCACAAUCGCUAUUCAGAGAUACAGGAAAAUGUGUACAGUUAAUCAGUCUCAGAUAAAUGCAUCCACGGCCAAGAAGAUAUUAUUGGGAUGUGUCCUGUUUUCUGUGACGACGUGUUUCCCGCAUAUGUUUCUGCUGCGAGUAACCAGGGCAAACGUAAAAUUCCGUUGCGUGUCACAAGUUCCCUACUGUGGAUAUGAACAAACCUAUCUCUACACCCAUAUAUACAUUACGUGGAUGUUGCUUGAACUGUGUGUUGUCGUUGUAACACUGGUCGUUCUGUACUCGUUAAUAGGAAAGCACAUAGCAGCCCACAAACGUCAAAUGUCAAGGUACCCUGUGUCAGAGGGUCAAGGUCAUACAAAGCUGUCGAAUCCCACUGGCAUGUUCUUCACACUGACAAUGAUAUUCCUCCUGAGUGUUGCUCCAAGGAUUGGGAUGGCUAUAUAUACACGCCAAACCAUUACCAAUGCUACCUACCCGCAAUCAGUUCAUCAUCUGAGGGAUGUGAUCAUCAUGCUGCCCUUCAUCAACUGUGUGUCCAACCCGUUCGUCUAUGUAUUCACAUCAAAGGUGUUCCGGAUGCAUGUUGUUUCUCUGUUUUGUGCUGAAAGAAGGAUAGAGUCUACGUCACCACCGUCGAUAACCAUCCGGACACAAGAAUCUGUUUUGUAG